AAAUACCCUCAAAAUUUUAAAAAAUAAUCAAAUAAUAUUAUUGAACAAAAAUCUAUUACAUUGGUUUUCCUGAAAAAAAAAAAAAGUUACAUUUCAAGGCUUGUGAAGGAGCCAAGUGUGCCCCCUAAACAAAGAGGACCAGAGGGUUAACAAAGAAAGACAAACACAUUAUCAGAAAUUUGCAUUCAUCCAGAACAAAUCUGGUCUAUUAGUAAUAGUAGUCGUAAUAAUUUUUAUUUAUAUAUUGUUAUCAUUAUUAUCAUUUUACAAAAGAAUGCCCCUUGGUUUGAUAGUUUGAUCUUAUUAAAUGAGAUUUUAAAAAUAGCUUAAGUGUCCAAAUACUUCUGGUAACACUGUAUGAACUGUAUCACAGUGAUCCAGAUCCUGAAUCCAUUUGUAUUUAGUUUAGCUUCCACAAGGUGGCAAUGCUGUGCUCAAAUCUGCUUGUUACCAGAGUAACAGAUGAAAGUUGGAACAUGCACAAGUAAAAGCAGCCUUUGCAUGAAGUCAUUGUUCCUUCUCAUGUCUGAACAAAAAUCUCCUUAUCCUCAUUAAUUUAGCUCCUUCUGUUUCAAGAGUCAAAAGUGUUCUUACAGUGAAAUACAGUAUGUGUCAUUCACAUCUCAACCUUAUGAAGUUCCUCUUUUUAUGGGCCACCUGGAUUCUUCAAACACAGAGAAACAAUGUAACAGUGUUGUAUUUUAAGAAAGAAACAGUUGGAAAUCUAGGAAAUUCCUUUAACAAAGUGGAAAUUGACUUUUGACAAGCCCAGCACUCUCACAAAAGUGAUAAUUUAAAAAUCCUAAUAUACAAACAUGUUUACUUAAUGCAUAUUUCUGCUAAUUUUAUGUAUUUGGAAAAGUUUCUUUUAGUUGAAGGGCAUUAUGUGUUCACUUGUAUUCAUGGGAUGGUGUGUUAACAUCUUCCCCGAUGUACACUCCGCAGGCCUGUUUAUGUGCUCGGCCAAGCGUACUUCCUGUCUGGCCCAGCAAAACCGCCCGAGAGUUGGGUUUCUGUGUUAGUAAUUAUCUUAGUGUGCUGAAUUGUGGUCGGGGGCAGUGUGUGCAUAUCUGCGGCACAUGGGAGGAAGUCUGACCCGAGUGAAAAUAGCUGCAACUUCCUGACUAAGCGUUUGCAAUGAGGAAGAGUCUUAUAUAGGGAGGGGCAAAGGCUCCUGUAGCUUGUCAACGACACGCAUUCAUCCCACAGCACAGCUGUUUUCAUGGUGACCAGCUGACUUCCAAGACUUUCACAUUUCCUGAUUGGUUCCAUCACUUUCUCUGAUGUGAGUGCCAGAGUCUUGGUCUUGACUUGGUUUCAUUUACUUUGCUGGAUCCCCACACGUGCUGCUUGUACAGUAAGUCACCUGCUUCGGCAUCUUGACCUUUACAGGCCUUCCUAGUGUUUCUCCACUGACUCAACAUGGAUAGUACAGAUUCAGACAAGAUCCAGGUUGGAGAAAACAAAUUUGUAAGCAAGAGCAUUAUUCUCUCACACCUUGAAACAUACAACCUUUAUUAUGAAGGAGAAGCCCUCCAGUUGAGGCACAGAGAGGAGGAAGGAGAGUUGAUCAUAGAGGGCUUGCUCAAUGUUUUUUGGGGCGUACGGCGGCCAAUCAGACUGCAGAUGCAAGACGAGAAGGAGAUAAGCAGGCCACGCCCAUCGCUAACAUCUCUGAGUGCUGAAACGGACAUCGACGCAGUCGAAAAUCAUGAAACAAAUCAGCCGCAUCUUUCCAUUGAUGUCACUGCAGCAGAUGACCAAUCAAAAGACUCCGGUGAGGAGAAGGAAGAGGCAGGUGAGGGACAGCAGGAGUCGACACACUCGGAUCGGGUCAGCAGGACCAGGAGUGAUGUCGGUGGGAGGAGAAUCAGUGGACGACGCCUUGGCAUCAGGAGAGUCAAGAGACACCGAUGCUCCUUCAACGGACACUUUUAUAACCACAAGACAGCGGUUUUUACGCCAGCGUUCGGCUCUGUGACCAAUGUCCGCAUCAACAGCUGUAUGACGACGACGCAAGUGAUGCGGGUGUUACUGAACAAGUUCAAGAUUGAGAACUGCCCGGAUGAGUUCAGCCUCUAUCUUGUCCACACCAGUGGUGAGAGACAUCAGCUGAAGCCUAAUGACCAUCCUUUGGUGGUCAGAGUUUUGAAAGGACCUUGUGAACAGGUCAGCAAAAUGUUCCUAAUGGAGACGGACCAAAUUGAAGAGGUCACCUAUGACGUGGCACAAUACAUCAAGUUUGAGCUUCCUGUUUUACAAAGCUUCAUUGCUAAACUGCAAGAGGAAGAAGAAAGAGAGAUGCAGAAGCUGAAGAAGAGAUACGCUGAUAUGCACCGUAUCAUCAAGAGAUACAUGAAGUCUUUAUCUGAUAAAACUACUUGAUUUAAAACACCAACAGCAACAAAACGGUGCUCUCUCAGGAACAGGAACAUAUAAUAAGUUAAUUUGGCUUUAAAUGGGCCUGUUAUUGUGUUCAUGUAUUAUAUAAUAUCAUAAUACAGCAAAAAUCCAAAGGUACCAUGGCUUUCUCUAAGUAAGCUUUAUUGGAUAAACAGCAGACUGUUCCUUGGCCUUCUUUUUCCACAAAAGAAAGCAAAUGGGUCAAUGUUCGACUUUUUCUAAUGCACAAUUGUAAUGAGCCAUAAGAGUGUUUAUUUUUGAGCCAAACUGUGUGAAUAAAUAGACCAUGUGAAAUGAAGAGACAUAAUUUGUAAAUCUAAUCUAUUUGCCUUAUUUUAUUGCAGACUAUUUGUAAUAUUUGUUGGUAUUAAAAAUAUUUAAUGUCUUUAAUUUUUUAAGCAUUUUACAAGUGUAUAUGCACAGAUGUUUGCCUUUCAUAAUAAUAAAAGAACAUUAUAAAA